UUCUCACUUGGGUUAGUGUGUAAGUGAAAGUAGACGUGCUUUCGAUGAGAACCUUCAACAAAAUACUCAGAGAAGAACCGUGUCAAACCAAAGUUGUGUAUAACAGCAGACCUUCUGAAUGGCCCCCAUAACCCCAAGGUUUUCCAUGGACCCAGUGGAAGAUGAGUCGGUUCCUCUGAUGGGCAGGGCCAGGGAGGACAGUGUACGAUCCGGCUCCAUCACCCCUCCGCGGAUACAGCUCCACCUCUACUUCAUUCCCAGCACCAAGAACGCCGUCACCAUAGACCUGCGAUUUGGCCCAAUCACCGCCGAGAACAUCUGCCUCGAAGCAGCCAAGAAAUGCGGUAUCCUUCCUGUGUACCACAGCCUCUUUGCCCUGUCCUCAUCUGACCUCUCUUUCUGGUAUCCUCCCACGCACGUCUUCAACCUGGAGAACCACACGCUCGUUCACUUCAGGGUCAGGUUCUUCUUCAGCAACUGGUUCGGACAAUCCCCUCGAACGUCCUACCGCUACAGCCUGACCAGAGACAGAAUCACUCCUGUCCUCGACUACUCCGUCAUUGAUUAUCUCUUCGCCCAGUGUCGCAGGGACUUUAUAGCCAAUGAGGGGGGGGUCUCUCCUCCCCUCAGCGUCCAGGAGGAGUGCCUGGGCCUGGCAGUGCUGGACUUGUGGAGGAUGGCCAAAGAGAGGAACCAAAGCGUGAGGGAGGUCUGCAACAGCGUCAGCUACAAAUCGUGCCUUCCCAAGCUCCACUCCAUGGACCUCCAGCGCCGCAACCGCCUGGUCCGCUACCGCAUCCGCACCCAGCUCAAGUGCCUGCUGAAGAAGCUGGGCAGCUGCUCGGUGGACGAGUGCAGCCUGAAGCUCAAGUACCUCAUGGAGCUGGCCGCCAUCGAGCCGUCCCUGGGCAGCGAGACGUACGCCGUGAACCGCUCCGGCCCCGCCUCCAGCCACACCUCGCUGAGGGUGACCGGAGAGGCCGGGAUUCAGACCAACGGGAACCAGGACCCGGACGGCACCCCGGAGUGGCAGACCUUCUGUGACUUCCAGGAGAUCAUGGACAUCAGCGUGAAGAGAGUGUGUGAGGACCAAGGACCUCCGGAACAGGGGCCGCAGGACGCCAGCGUCGUCACGGUGACCCGCAGUGAUGACAGGCCCCUAGAAGCCAAGUUCCAGAGUGUAACGGAGGCGCUGUCCUUCGUGUCGCUGGUGGACGGCUACUUCCGGCUGACCACGGACUCCAACCACUUCUUCUGCCAGGACAUCGCCCCCUACAGUCUCCUGGAGAACAUUGAGAACCGCUGCCACGGCCCAAUCACGUCAGAGUUUGCUGUCAACAAAUUGAAAAAGUCGAGGAAAACAAGAGGCGCGUUCGUGCUCCGCCAGAGCCCCAUGCAGUACCAGAACUACUUCCUCACCGUUUGUGUUGAGACGUCACUUGGACUGGAUUACAAAGACUGCCUCAUCAGUAAGAGCAACGAGGAGUUCACUCUCCUGGGCGUCCAGAAGAGUUUUUACAGCCUCACCGAACUCACCAAUCACUACAAACACAACAUGCUGCUGCUCGCUGACGUGCCCGUCAAGUUAAGCUGCUGCUGCCCGCCACGUGCCAAAGAGUUCACAAACCUCAUUAUCGUACGUGACAGCCGAGCCGUUCAAACGCAAGGUUCAGCGAAACCCGAACCCAACAAAUUUGCCAACAUCCAGUUCCAAAUGAUCAAGUACGAACAGCUCCAGUGGGACGAGUGCCUGGGCCAGGGUUCCUUCACCCGGGUGUUCAAGGGAACCAAGGUGGACAUCCGGGAGGGAGAGGAACACCGCACGCAGGUCCUGCUCAAGGUGCUGGACGCCAACCACAAGGACUACUGGGAGGCCUUCUUUGAGGCCUCCAGCAUGAUGAGCCAGAUCUCCCAUAAGCACUUGCUGCUGGUCUACGGCGUGAGCGUCCACGGAGCGAAAAACAUCAUGGUGCAGGAGCUGGUGAAGUAUGGAGCUCUUGACCUGUACUUGAAGAGAAAGGGCUCCGUGUCAGUGAGCUGCAAACUCGACAUAGCGAAACAGCUAGCGUUGGCACUCAACUUUCUGGACGAGAAAAACAUAGUCCAUGGAAAUAUCUGUGCCAAGAAUGUUCUGUUGGCCAGAGAGGGAGACCCAUCCCAGGAAACCUCUCCCUUCAUCAAGCUGAGCGACCCCGGAAUCAAAGUGUCCCUGCUGGACCGCAACGUGAUUCUGGACAGGAUUCCCUGGGUGGGACCAGAGCUUUUGCAGGACCCACCCAUUCUGAGUCUGGACUCUGACAAGUGGAGCUUUGGCGCCACCUUGUGGGAGAUCUUUAACAACGGAGAAACUCCCCUCAAAGAUUGGGACCUGGAAAUGAAACGUCGUUUCUAUGGGACCUACCAGCAGCUGGAGCCGUCCCAGUGGACAGAGCUGGCGGAUAUGAUCACCCAGUGUAUGGACUAUCAGCCCGCCUCCAGGCCUUCCUGCCGGGUUGUGAUUCGCCAACUCAACAACCUCAUCACCUCAGACUACGAGGUCCUGCACGCGAGCGAGGCCCCUGAGAGAGCCCUCGGAUGCAGUGCUCGCGGCACCCCGCUCCAGGAACAGACUCCAGUGUUCGAGGAGCGCUACCUGCGCUACAUCUCCCUGCUAGGGAAGGGGAACUUUGGCAGCGUGGAGCUGUGUCGCUACGACCCCCUGGGGGACAACACGGGCGAGCUGCUGGCCGUGAAGAAGCUCCAGCCCAGCAAGCGCUCCUUCCUGGCCGAUUUCACCAAGGAGAUCAAAACUUUGAGCGUCCUGCGCUGCGACUACAUCGUCCGCUACCGCGGCGUGAGCUACAGCACCGGUCGUCUCAGCAUGAGCCUGGUGAUGGAGUACAUGCCCCAUGGCAGUCUGAGCGGCUACCUGGAGAAGAACGCCUCCGUCGGCCUCGGACGCAUGCUACUCUUCGCCUCGCAGAUCUGCAAGGGCAUGGAGUACCUUCAGAGCAAGCGCUACGUGCACCGCGACCUGGCCGCCAGGAACAUCCUGGUGGCCAGUGAUUCCUUGGUCAAAAUCGCAGACUUUGGCCUGACCAAAAUCAUCCCGGAUGACAAGGAGUACUACCGCGUCACACAACCGGGAGAAAGCCCCAUCUUCUGGCAUGCGCCAGAGUCCAUCACAGAGUCCUCCAAGUUCUCCCACAAGUCGGACGUGUGGAGCUUGGGCGUUCUGCUUCACGAGCUCUUCUCCGACUGCAACCGCCACCAGAGCCCCAAACGGCUGUACAUGCAGAGGAUCAGCAGCAACACACAGGGCCCAGCCAUCCCCAUGCAACUGCUGUUUGUACUGAAGGACAACUGGAGGCUCCCGGCUCCCGCCCACUGCCCCGCCAGGGUGUACGCGUUGAUCAGGCAGUGCUGGGCCUACAGUCCAGAGGACAGGCCCAGCUUCUCCUCACUGAGCGACCAGAUCCACAGCAUCGCCCAGGAAGAAACGCUCAGCUGAAGGGCCAGUGAGAGCCAUCAUCUACGGUUAUAGAUACUCAUGGUAUCUAUAAACACCCCUCCCCCCAGAACCAGGAAACAGGGUGGUGGUGCGGAAACCAGUUUAUUGAAGAGUGUGUGUACAAUGAUGCACACAGACGGUGCUCCAAGCUGCCAUGCAGGACAUCCCUUCCUGAGAGUGUGCUGUGAUGGUGGAUUUAUCCUGGGAACGCUGAUCACUCAACAGGCAACAGCUGUGCAGCCUCGCACAGUCCCGGAGUACAAUCAGUCUGACCCGGGCAGGUGGGGCGGCUUAGGCCAGCCUUAACCACACACAGAAUGGCAGUGUGGUCAUUUCAAAGCGGUUGUUAUGUUAUUUUCAUUCAUAGUUAAUAAUUCUUACAAGAGACACGGAUAUGUAUAAAUGGUACAUUUGAACUGUAUCGGAAUUUGAUACUUUCUAAAAAAAAUUAAAAAGAAUGCAGUUUUCAGUGUUUUGCCCUUCAGUAAGGCACAUUUCCGAUUCCUGUAGCUACAUAACAGCCUCCAAAGGGUUAAUUAGAGAGCAGGUGUAGACAGAGGUUCAUUAUUCAGCGCUGCGACCUGCCAUUAUGCAGAGAUGAAAGGCAGCGGAACAAUUAUAUGAAUGGGGUAUUUUCCAUGGACCACCAAAUCAUACAUAAAUGAACCCAAGAAAAAGCAGGAGGCGAGCUUUGCUAUGAACUCACUAUUCUCUUUUUAAGCAUAUAAUAUUCUUAAGGUUUUGUGGUAGAUACAGUAGAUAUGGAGGUGUUGAUUGACAGGAGAGGAUCUUAAGAGGGAGAAACACAGAGUGGAGGCUGUUGCUCUUCUUGAUGGAGGAUGUGGUUUGUGCUAUGUGGCACAAAAGAAGAUCAGGAAAUAUUGUUGCCUGAACUGCCUGCAGACCAUAUGGAGUCUCGGUAUGAAACUCAGAUAUAUAUAUAUAUGCGUUGUUAACGAAUGAUUCAUUUUGGUAGCAGGACGUUCCUCUUUCCAGUAACGGAAAGAGCAGCUGGUCUUACCGUCUCUCUUCCUCUCCAAACCAUCUGGGCCAGUGCCAGCUCCUCAGCCACCAAAACACACACGACGACGAUCAGCGAUCACAUAAUACGAAACCCUUAUGUCUUAUGCUACAUCUGCCACGUUACCUAAAGAAGAUUAUGUGGGAAAAAUAGGAAUAGCGGGGCUAUCCCCAAGUAAUUUAAGAGGAUGCAUGCCACAAUUCAAGGUCACUAAGCAAUCUUAGGGUGUGUGUGCGUGUGUGUGUGUGUAUGUGUUUUGAGUGUAAAAAAAUAAAAUAUGUCUAUAUAUAUAUAUAUGGAUUGAACACACAUGCACACACAGACAUGAAUUUCCUUAAACGUGAUCGAGGUCAAUUUAAAGGAAGAUGGCUUGUGUAUUAUGUCCAGUUGUGUUUUGCUUCUUCGAUGUGCCUCAUAACAGGGGAGGACCCGUGCUGCGAGUCAUUAUAAAAGAAUGUCGUUCCCUGAAAUGUUUUCAAUCAGUGUUUGAUGGAGUUUAAUUGUAUUUCAUAGUUUAAUUGAAGCUCACAGCAUUGUGCAAUAUGAGUAUUGCAUAUAUAAGGUUCUAAGAAAAUGAUAACAUUUAUGAAUUAUUUAUUUUGUAUAUAGAUCUAUUUUUUUAUCCUUCAAUAAUAGCUGAGAUUUUGGUGGCCAUUUUGCCAAUGACACGUGAUGUAUCAAGCUGUUAUAUACAUUUUUGAAUAUACACUGCUUCAUGGUAACCAUCCUUUAAAAAUAAACUAAAGGGAGGCUUGGAGCAUUUAUCAUUAAGUGUUAUUUGCUGAAGUGAUUUGAAGUACACCAAUAAUUAUCAAUCAGGGAUUAAGAGACUUGGAUUCAGGGCCACUUUAUUUCAACAGAAUUUUUAUUAUAGUAUUUCUAUGCAGCCUCAAUUAUUUGAGAGGUUUAUCGUAGUUUAAAUAGUACUUAGCAUUGUGUAGCGUCUGAUCAAAGCAAUAAAAGUUAUUUAAUGGGAAUGGGUGUAGGCCUACCUAGCAAUCGUAAGUGCUUGGCACUUGACUGUACCGACAGUAAUAUAUUUUUGUUUCUUCUGGCAAAGGUAGGCUACUUAUUGUAAAUGCCCUAAAUGCCAAUGCACCAUUUUGAACAACGUGUAUUCCCUGUUGAGUUUGAAUGUUUUUGCAGCCCCGUGAAUGUGUACAACAAAAUCCCCCUUGGGGCAAAUAAAGUUGUAUUCUAUUCCAUUCACUUA